AAGUGCACUUGUUAAAAUGUUCUUGUUACACUUUCUGUUAGUGACUUCAGUAUUACAACUAUCGUAUACUGCGUCCAUUCAGGAUGAAUACAAAACAUACAAAGGUUAUAAGUUGUAUCGUGUUGUGGGCGACAGUCAAGAAAUAUUGAAGUUAAUUAAAAUGAUGAACCAGUUAGCAGAAAUACCUUUCUACGAUGCACGCGGCGCUAGGGGCGACAUACUGAUCGCUCCAGAGUUGGUCCAAAUAUUCGAGGAACGCGUGCGUUUGGCCAACUUACAGGCCAACGUUGAAAUUGGCGACUAUUCUGAGAUAAUUCGUUCAGAAAAAACAGGGAGCCGCCGCAAGGGUUCUGAUUUUUCAUGGACAGCAUACUAUGACGUCGACGAUAUCUACAAAUAUCUGCAGAACGUGAGCAAGUCGCACCCCGAUUCAACGGAGCUGGUGGUCGGAGGACAGACGUACGAAGGUCGCCAGAUCCUCGGCCUUAGGAUCAACACGCCUAGUGAGAACAAGAGUGACAACAAGCCCGUUGUGUUUAUAGAGUCAGGAAUCCACGCAAGAGAAUGGAUCACACCAGCCACAACUACCUACUUCAUCAACGAACUGCUGACAAGUAACAACCCUGACGUCACCGCUCUUAGAGACCAGUUCGACUGGCACAUCUUCCCGACUGUCAACCCUGAUGGAUACCAUUACAGCAUGACCAGAGAUCGCAUGUGGAGGAAGACGCGUUCAAAGUCUUCUACAUAUUGCUACGGGGCCGACCCCAACCGCAACUGGGACCACAACUGGCUGCAGCAUGGUGCCACGAACAACCCAUGCGACUACCAGACCUACGGUGGAUCGAAACCCUUCUCUGAGGUGGAAACCAGGACCUUGUCAGAGUACAUAGCGUCUUUGGAGAACCUCCUGGCCUAUGUGGCGUUCCACUCUGACGCUCAGAUCCUACUGGUUCCGUAUUCGGACUCAGUGGAGCAUACUGACAACUAUGAUGAUUUGGUCCAAAUUGGCAAGACGUCUUUGGAAUACGGGCGGCAAGUCAACGGGGAGGAGUAUGGUGGACCAGCGACGGCUGCUGAGAUUUUAUACAAAGCCUCAGGUGGCAGCAUGGACUGGGUUCGAGAGAAGUUAGGAACCCCCAUCGUGUAUACCUACGAGCUCCGAGGUUCCUACUUCCACUGGCCUGCAGAGAAGAUCAACGAGCAAGGUGAUGAGGUCACGCAGAUGCUGCUUGGACUUUUCAAGGAGGCGAAGAACUUGGGAUACUACUAGAUCUUAAGUACUUACAAAUAAGGGCCAGAUUUGCCAGUUCCUGAUUGGAUAUCAAACAUUAAACACUAAACAAUAAAAAU